AUGACCACCUUUGCCGCUCUCGUCUUCGUUCGCCUUUUACUCGCCUUUUCUCCAAUUCCAGACUUUUUGGCAGACAACCAUCAGUUAACUUCACCAUUGACUUCAUUUACCCGCCUGAAUGAAGGCGUCUUUCUGCUCAAGAAUGGAUUCGAUCCUUAUGCUGGUGAACUCGUGAGACACAGUCCAGCGCAGCUCGUCAUCUUUAGCACCAUUCUACCACCAAGCAAACCGCUGUUCCAUCUUAUUUGGACGCUAGUAGAUGCAUUGGCUGCUUGGUCACUGUCCUCGGUGUGGUCUGCGCGAAAUAAACAACGAAACGCACGACGUGAGGCUCUUAUCCAGGCCAGCUAUCUUCUCAACCCCUAUCUCGUCGCCCCGUCACUGGCACUCUCGACUUCGACGCUCGACAAUGCCUUGUGUAUAUUGACCAUUUAUUUUGCAUCCAAAGGUCGACCAGGAAAAGCCCUCUUGACGCUCGCACUCUUGACCCAAUCGUCACUCUACUCGGGCUUGCUGCUCUUCCCAAUCUCGCUUCUGCUCCGAUACGGACCAGAAUCCCGUCUCGCAAACCCAAAAGCCGUGUCAGAUUGGUCAAAGUUGCUCCGUUAUCUCGCACAAUAUGCCGCAUUCAUGGCCGCUCUUGCAUUGUGGUCGACACUCGUCAUGGGUAAUCUCCGUUGGAUAAAGGAGACGUGGGGAGCUACGCUGACCGUCCCGGAUCUCACGCCAAACGUCGGACUAUGGUGGUACUUUUUCACGGAAAUGUUUGACCACUUUCGCAAUUUCUUCCUCAUGGUCUUUACUGCGCUCAACAUCAUCGGUGUGGUCCCACUCACACUCAAAUUCCAGCACGACCCACUCUACGCAGUCUACCUCGUCAUCGGCAACGUCGCCAUCUUCAAAUCAUACCAGACAAUGGCCGACCCAGGUCUCUUCCUCUCCUUUCUCUCCAUCUUCCCAGAAGUUUGGUCAUACCUUCGCCAUCCGCUGCCGACCGUCAUGUGGCAUCUCUACGCCGCCACGCUCCUCCCGCUCUUCAAUAACCUCUGGCUCGGACAAGGCACGGGCAACUCCAACUUUUUCUACGCCGCCACCCUCGUCUUUGGUGUUGCCAAUGGCGCGGCAUUCCUCGACUCGGUCUGGGCGGGCUUGACGGUUCCGUAUGGCGAAAUUAAACAGGAUCACAGUCUGAUACAAAUAUAA